GGGAAGGCAGGAGGAAAGACAGGGAAGGAGGAGGAGGAGGAGGAGGUCUGCGUAAACCCCGCCUCCGGUCUCGGAUCCUCUCGCAAGUCUUAUUCACAGCGUCUCACGUUAAGGAUAGAGAGAGAAAGGGGAGAAGCAAGAAGAAAGGAACUCGAAGAAGAAGAAGAAGAACAAGCAAGGGAGCAGCAAAACGACCAUGGCAAUAUCCAAAACGUCUCAGCUUGAGAUAGUGUCCGAUCACAGCGCACCUCUACCACCGUCGACCACUGCACGGAGCAUGCAGUCGCACAAUAGACAGAGCCCAGAUGAAUGAGGAGCCGUUACCUGGGCCGUGGGCAAAAUGAGGGUCAUCUUCAUCCAAAACGCCGGUUUCGUCGCAGCUUUCUCGCCUUUCAGAUUGAGAUGGAAACCGCUUAUUUAUCGCCCCACCGGGGGGCAGCCCGUCCCCAGGCCCAGAGGGGCCAAACCUCAGCGGGCAAACCGGCGGGAGGUGACCUCUCCCCUCCACCUCCAGCUCCAUCCCCGCCUGCCGGCAGCUCGGCCGAAGACACCCCGGCGAGCGGUGAUGGACGGAGAAAUCCCGGCGUGAAGAAGCACCACCACAAGCACAAUUUGAAACACCGCUACGAGCUGCUGGAGACGCUGGGAAGAGGCACCUACGGCAAAGUGAAGAAGGCCAUCGAGCGACGCUCCGGCAGAGAGGUGGCUAUCAAGUCAAUUCGGAAGGAGAAGAUCAAGGACGAGCAGGACAUGGUUCACAUCCGUCGAGAGAUUGAGAUCAUGUCAGCCCUCCGCCACCCACACAUCAUCUCUAUAUAUGAAGUGUUUGAGAACAAGGACAAGAUCGUGAUUGUGAUGGAGUACGCCAGCAAAGGCGAGCUGUAUGACUACAUCAGUGAGCGGCGGCGCCUGAGCGAGCGGGAGACGCGACACUUCUUCAGACAGAUAGUCUCCGCCGUGCACCACUGCCACAAGAAUGGAGUGGUUCACAGGGAUCUGAAACUGGAAAAUGUGCUACUGGAUGAAAACUGUAAUAUUAAGAUUGCUGAUUUUGGGCUGUCCAACCUGUACCAUAAGGACAAGCUGCUGCAGACCUUCUGCGGCAGCCCGCUCUACGCUUCACCGGAGAUCGUCAAUGGGAGACCUUACCAUGGCCCAGAGGUGGACAGCUGGGCUCUUGGGGUGCUGCUGUAUACCCUGGUCUACGGGACAAUGCCAUUUGAUGGUGGAGACCACAAGAACCUCAUUCGCCAGAUUAGCAACGGCGAGUACAAAGAGCCCGCUCAGUCAUCAGAUGCCCGAGGACUGAUCCGCUGGAUGCUGAUGGUGAACCCUGAGCGCCGGGCCACAGUGGAGGACAUAGCCAACCACUGGUGGGUAAACUGGGGCUGGAAGAACAGUGUGUGUGACUGCGAGACCCAACGCGAUCACGGAGGCUCGCCCAUGCUGGCCCGCUUCAUCGACUGGCAGAAUCGCACUGAGCCACGUGGUUCUGGAGCCAAGGCUGCAGCCAUGCCCCACCUGCUGCGCCAGAGGCCCAAAAAGUCCAAGAAGGAAAAUGUUGAAGCAGGGGAGGCCCACUGUGAAGCAGAGGACAAGCCGGGUCUGAAGAGACCCAAGGGGAUCUUGAAGACCAGGGUCACUGGGGAGCAGCGGUCUGCCAGUCUGGAAGAAGUCGAGUUGGGCCAUGCAGCGCUGCCUCAACAAGCCGAAGGUGAAGAGGAAGCCUCAAGUCCAGAUCAAGAGGAAGAGGAGCUGAGUCUGGGAGGAGGCUCGCCAGCAAAGAUGGUGCCCUCUCUGCCCAGGAAAGGUAUCUUAAAGAACAACCAACAGCGGGAAUCAGGGUACUACUCCUCACCAGAGCGCAGCGAGUCCUCCGAGCUUUUAGGGGGUGCCAGUAUGUCUCUGCUAGCCACCUCCCCGACCAAGAGAGUGAUGGGGAGAAAGGGCAUCUUGAAGCGAAACGGCAAGUACUCCACUUACAGCGGGCCUCCCUCAGCAGCAGCGGUAGCCGGUGUCCUCGGUGAGCCUCAUCCCUCAACUGACUCUGGUCUGUCCCGCAGUCAGAGUCGGCCCUCCAGCAUAGUCGGGGAGGACAGCUCCGUCCUGUCCCUGUCGCCCAGCUCCCUCAGUGGGGCCGAAUGGCAUUCCUCCACCCCCCACCUCCGCCCAAACAUCAGGGCCUGCGCCUCGGCUGAAAACCUGCUGCAGCUCGCCAACUUCAAGGGCUUCCAGGCAGCCCCGCCGCUCCAGGGACCCAAGUUCAGCCGCGGCCCCAAAACGAAAGGCUCCCCGGGGGACAAUGGCAGCUUCUCCUUGCUGGGGGACCUGGAGGACAUGACUCAGGUGUACCAGCAAGCCCUGGACAUCAGCAGUAACCUCACCUAACAGAUGGGUGGCAGAGAGAGAGGAAGCAGAGGGAAUUGAGCAUGACUGUGUGUGUGCGUAUGUGUGUGUACAGAUGUUUAUAGGUGGCAUUAACGACCAGUGUGUUACUGGGAUACACCUUUUGGAAGUAGUGGUUUUCCAAAUGGGGCUGAAAUCAUGAUGUGAAUGAUGUGUUUUCACACAUACAUACACACAUUGAUGUACACACUUCUGCUCGGGUUAGAGAGGAGCUGGCGCGAGAGAAUGCCACCCAGUCUGCUUUCUUGGCCCGCCCAUAGACUUUGCUGUGUUCAACAUGUUUACAUAUUCAGCAAGAAGGCAAGUUAGAAUCACAAACGCAGCAACCAGAAACUGGUUGGCUCUCCUUGUGCGCCACCCAUUUUGAGUUUGAGUUUACAAAAGCACCUUAAAACUCACACAGAGCACAUGCUUUUGUGAUCUUUACUUCCUAUAUAAAAAAAGAGAAACGAACCAGGGUCUUGUUCCAAAAAUAACUGACAUUGCUGAUUAUUUAUUAAUAUUUUCGUAGCUUUUUAGUUUUUAAGUGCAAAACUGGUGGGCGCUGGCUGUUACUGGAAGAGUCCAAAGCUCCUUGUCUCCAACUCUUUGUGUGGAACUGACAUAUAUAAUUAUGUUACUCUGUGAUGAGAAACAUAUACAUACUCAGCAUAUAUAACUGUGUCUGCGCUUGUAAAACACGCAGGCAAGUAUACCUUCAUAAAAGCGUAUGUCCUAUAUAUGUGUAUGAUACUAGGGAAUAUGUAGGAAGUGCCUUUUUUGAUUCAUGAUUAAAAAAAUUAUGUAUGUCAUUUCCUUAAAGUGGAGGGAAACGCCAGGCCAACCUGUCACCAGUUGUGCUUUUUUUAAAUGUUGUUUGUGAAUGUGGAGAGACCCAGGGCCUUCAGCGCACAGCUGAGCAGCUUUACUUGUUUUGGGGUUCAAAGUUGAGAUCAAACAGUCUCCUCUCCUUCCUCCCCCGCUCCUUCCACAUGUAGAAUCACACACAGAUAUGCCAGGACCCACAGGCCGCCGCUGAGAGACCUCCUCUGUGUUCUUUGUCAGUGUUUUAAGCCCAUACUUGAGUUCGUCAGCAGUUUAGGUGGUUUGGUUGAGCACAGAUUUGCUGGCAGCACCAGAGGUCUGGAGGGACUCACCUAGUGGGGCAUUUAGUGAAGGGAGAUGGGGCAGACACCAUCUCACAGUCCUGGAAUGUGCCUGGCUUUCUUAACCUUAGAUGCUUCACAUUUCCGGGGCCACCUGAUAAAAACGGCUGUUUAGUGAGAGAAUCUUUUUUUUUUUUUUUUUUUGUUACCAAAGACAAGGUGGCUUCUAUUGUCAGGCUUGUUAAUAUUUUCCCCAAAGCGCUUCAAAACAGCUAAGUAAGAUUGUUUGUUUAGGUUGCUGAUGAUACAGCAAAUUCCUCAGACAAAGGCUGGAGACGUGUUGGUGCUAGAGAUCUCUAUCGGCCCCGGCCCGACUCAGCACAGGUGGGAUCUGCGGUUGCGUGCUCAGCCCUCCAGCUGUGUAUACUAGUCCAUUAUGUCAACGAAGCACAAUUAGCCAGCUAUUGUUUUCAUUUGAGAGUAAAGAGAGAAGCAGCGUGUAGAGAUUUAUAGCUAGAGGGAGAAGAAAAGCGUGUGAAAGAGUGAUGCUUGGAAAAGUGCUGAGGUUAGAGAGGACUCUCCUGUAAAACACAGGAAAGGUCAAGGAGUUAGAUUUAUGUUUUGAAGGAAUUGUAAUGUAGACUAGUGAAAGUAAAGAAAGUGAGUAGAAAGAGUAGAUGGAAAGUUUUUUUUAUACCAAAAAUGUAAUGAAGGUUUGGCAUGAUUCAGAGGAAUGGAUAGGUCGGGGACUAAUGGGAGUCCUGUGGAUUUUUCCUUGACUUGGGAAUCCCCAUCGGUGAAUGAAAUCAUCCCCACGUUGGCUUUACAUCACGUUUGUUUUCAUUUUCUUUUUGAGUUUUUAUUUGAUAUGCCGGGGGCUGUUGAUACAGCUUGUCUUGAGGGUCAGUCAGUGUGUGAUUUGUGUGUCCUGCAUGGCAAUAGAAAGUGUGCUACACUUUUCCACAGCAGCAAAAUGUGGGAGAACGGUGACUGACAUCAUCCAAAAUAUUAACAUGAUGGGGAUGGAAAAACAUGCAGUAAAUUGCCCAGAGGAAAUGGAUCACAUGUUGAAUGUUUGCAGUGGUCCUCUGGUGUGAAGCAAAGGUCCUGGGUAUUGAUUCCAGUUCCCGUUGCGUAUUAUAUUGCAUUUUAUUGCCUUUUGUAUUGCAUUUUAUUGUCAACUGGAUUUACAGUGAGAAAAUUAUACUAUGUUAGUAUUUUUGUUUCAUUAUGCUUCUGUUUUUGAUUUUCCAAAAUAUAAGAAACUUUAUAUUGCUUUAUGUUAUGGCAGAAAAUACUUCCUUUCCUGGAAGUAUUACAAUUUCUGGACAAAUCUGAAGAAGUUGGUGUAGUCUCAGUUUCCAUCUGUUGUGCUACACCUGUGGGUGAGAGAAGUUCAGUUCAGAAGUAGUUCAUUAGCAACCUCCAAAUAGUAAAAAAAAAAAAAACUAGAUGAAUUGGCAUAGGGUCAAAAUGCAAGAUUAUGUACUAAUGCAUCGAUAGCUGACCCUAAGAAAAUUGCAUUUGCACCUCUACCAAAGUCGGGGAGGUCCGAAAUGCAUCAGGAGUAAAAGGAAAUAAAGCAAUGGAAAUAAUCUGCUGAUGAAACUUUUAACUCUGCCAAACUGGAAAUACGUGGUGCAUAUCUGUUAGUUAGCAGUAAGUCUAAUCAUAGGAAAACUUGACUGGAUAUUGUUAUGACAAUAAUAAUGAAUUAGUAUUAUUAUGUUAUUUAAGUAUUAUUUUCGUUAAGGCUCAUUACUAUUGAUGGCUAUUGCCACAGUUUUAUUUUGUCUGUUGGUGAUCCUGGACUGCCGAGGUGGAUUAAGUUGUGUGCCUUUGGUAUCUUUCAUGAACUUAUUUUUUAUUUUUUUUUGAUAAUACAAAUUAUUAUCAAUGUGUUUUUAUACUUGUAUUUAUUGGUGAUCAAGCCAUUUAAUUUGUUGUCCAAAUACUCCCUGUUCAUGCUUCGGCCAGCUUUAGACUGUGUGUUGUGUUCAGGUCGUACUGCACACAAAAAUAGAAUUGUUUGUACGAAAUCGAGUGGUAUCAUCUCAUUGUGAAAGCAGCGGUCAGGCGUGAGUGAGAAAUUAACAGUUCCUCAAAUCCUGUAAAAUAUCUUAAUUCAUCCGUCCGGGUGUAUUUCUACUCAACACAAUGCCUCUGUAGUACUGUUUCAACUCAAAUAAAUGGAUCUUGAAAGUUA